AGAAAAAUUAAACUGCUCCGAUUCCUUUGUUAUUUAUCUCCUUACAUGUGAGUGUGGGCUUCAGUAUGUGGGCCGCACGGUACAAACUGUACGUGCCCGCAUAAAUAAACAUAGAUAUAAUAUCAAAAACAAUGUUAUACUACAUAGUGUAUCAAGACACACCACAGCUUUACACAACAGUAACCACAAUUGUUUGAAAUUAACUAUCUUGGAAAGUAUCCCUUUAGAAUAUGAUGACCGCUUUCAAAAAUUAGUGAAUAGGGAAUCCUUUUGGAUUUAUUCCCUUAACUCCUUGUGGCCAAGGGGAUUAAAUGAGACAAUAGAUAAAACAUUUCAAUGAUAGGUUCGGAGUCUUAUUUAUUUAUUUAUCCAUGUAUAUAAAGAAUUUUUAAAGAAAAGUUUUUUUUUAUAUUAUCUUGGAUCACAUGGAAAAACAUCAUUUUAUGCUAAUUAAUUUGUGAUGUCAUUUCCGGUUCCUAUAACCAAAUGAGUAUAUAUGUGUUGUUUUUAUGUAUAUUUAGCAUGUCUGAGGAAAAGGACGGAGCGUCCUUGAAACGUGUUACAUGUGAAUAAAAGUUACCCAUACUUAGCUUGUGGACAGCGCUAUCAUCUAUCCCUCAUCCCCUCACACCUGGCUGGUGUGAAAACUCUGCCGUUCUUAUUCCCACGUUGUUGCCUGGGCGGGAUAUAGCUGCAGUCCACAUCGGAUUGUUGUGCCUCUAUCCUAGCACAACUAUAUCUGAAGACUCAUCUACAGCUAUCUUAUUUGUGUUUAUUGUUGACUACUCUACAGAACAGCUAUACAGGUUGGCAUUUAAUAAUACAUACAUAAUUGUAUUAUGUAAUAUAAACUAAAUGUACAUAAAAAAUUUUUUUUGUUAUAAUCAAUGUCUUAGCAUUACAUGUAGCUGGCACGGACGUCACUGUGCCAAUGUAGUCGAAAUAAAACGUAAAAAUGAGUUUAGUAGCUGUGCUGGAGUCCCUCUAUUUUCUGCCCAAUAUACCCUGUCGUCACAGCCCUGCUGUAUGAGUGAUAUUUAGUGGGGUGGGGGUGAGUGCUGAGUUAUUCAGGGGCGCACUGCUUUACUUGAGUCCUCCGCUGUGGAACUCUUUUACCCUUGCAGUGCUGUUACAAUAUUAACCAAGUUUCAAGCGGAAUGAAGGUUUGCCAGUAUGUGCCUCUUGCUGGAAAAUGCAGAUGGUGGUGUUAUUGGACUAGGUUCAGGGACCAAUGCCUUGAUUUGGCUGGACAGCGGUGAUGUUGUGAUCAGUGGAGCGUGCUCUCAGUUCUCAAGUGAGACGGUAAUGGCUUCGUAAUUGCGUGUACUACUAUGUGUAUAAUAUUUUGGUAUUGGUGUGUGCAGUCCUAGGCUACACACAUUUAUGGAAGCCACAUCCCCAUUUUCAAAAGCGAUUAGUAGGGUUAACUUGUGAUAAGUUGUCAUUUGUUGUGUUAUAAAUUUUGUCUAUUUAGGCUUAGUUCACCUAUGGUGUCUAUGUGUUAAUUUUUUUAAAAGCUGGGCAACAUAGAUCAAAAAUCUAAGUAAUAAAAUGAUGUUUAGUUCUGUGUGUCAAUGUGACAUUAUCCUUUUUUGAUUUUUUUCAGAAGACUCAUCAACAGCUCUUUUCUUUUGCUUUAUUGUCUACUACUUAUCAGAGCCGCUUUUCAGGUUUGCAUAAAAAUUUUACAUAAAGUUAUGUAAUACAUAAAUAUAGUGUGGGUGAUUUUAGAACAACUUGUCCUGAUGUGAAGCUGAAGAGUGUCCCAUGGCAACCGUUCAGAUCGCUUCUUUCAUCAAAAAAGCUAUAUGAUUGUUUGCUUUAGGCAACCCAACAACCUUUAGAUACAUAAAUGUAUUUCCUCUUCAUGCCACACAGAGGUAAUAAAGGGGCAAUGAAAUAGUAGGGUGAAAAUUAGUAGUAGACAUAGUGGCGGAUCAAGGUGAAAUAAUAUGGCACAGUGGUUAAAAUCAUAUGGGGGGGUGGUUUUAGUAGAUUACUAAAAGGCUCUCAGAUAUUCUACUGUAUUUAAGGGUUUUAUAGUUAAUUACAAUCUUCAUUUAGUACAUGACACUACUCUAUAAUUUAUAAAGAUUUUUUUAGCCUCUAUUCACAAUAGGGAACAUCUUCCACUAAUGGACACUAUUUUAUUCCACGUGAUUCUGCACCAUUCUUAGAUUAUAGUGGAUACUAUCUUAUGCCUCAGUUCAAUAAUGUAAUGCUCUCGCACUAAAAUUAUUUAGAAAGCUUUGUAAAAUUUUGGAAGGGGUUACAUUACUGUACUAGUGAACUAACAUAUUAAUCUUGUAUUUAUUAUUUGAAUGGUGCUUUUUCAAUAAAUAUUAUUUUUCAAAUGUUCUCCUAGAAAAUAGAAACAUAAUGUAAUUUUAAUAUUUUUAUAUAGACAUAUUUAGUAUUUAUUUUAAAAUCCAUUAUUCCAUUUUCUUCUUUAGAAAAUGCCGGGCUGCAUUGUCAACGGUUGCAAGUCAAGGAGCGUAAAAGGCGACCAUAAUAUCAUCAUGCAUUCCUUCCCAAGAGAGAGGGAUCGUAUCAUGGCAUGGCUAUUGGCUACAGAUCAAGAGUUUCCCAAAAUUGAUGAACUGGUUGACCACAUUCAUCUCUCUAAAACGAACAAUUAUCGGCUCUGCUCAGCCCAUUUUAAAACUACUGACUAUACCUUUAAUCCAAAUACAGGAAAACAGAGGCUCACCCCCUUUGCCGUCCCUAGUAUUUUCCCUACACGGGAUAUACAAGUUCAAGCUGCCGAGGCAGUUGAGGCUGAAAUCCUGAAUCCUCAAAAGAGGAAAAGAUUGGAUGAAGACGUAGCUUCAACCAAUGGUUUAAAGCCAGGGGAAAUGUGCCCAACCUGCCGAAAUAUUGUACCUCAUGUUAACCCAACUGAAACGGAGCCACAAGCCUCAGAGAUAACGAAAAAGGAAGCAGCAACUAUAUUUGACAGGAAUUGGGGAACCGGAAAUCAGUGUAUACAAGUAAAACCUACAACUUUCUCUAUAAAAAUACAAUGCAGAAGACUGGUUAAAAAAAAAAUCUUGAGAAAAAAAAAAUCAAGACAAAGCUUGGUAUUUGGAAACCUGCCUUCGGAGCCAUUGCAAGGUGCCAGUGUAAUAUUUUCGACUCCGAAAAAAAAUAUAGGACCAACUGGAUCAGCAACUCUUAACAGUGUACCUGAGUUUCAAGAAAGUUGUAGAGCUAGACACGAACUACUACCUGCCACGCUUUUAUCCGAAUUGACAAUUUCACCUAUACAACCUACUGAAGACCCUGAAGUCACUGUUAUUGUGGAGGAAUCUACUCUGCAUGCCCCUAUAUCUGUUUUAGAAGUAGAUAAAAGUUUAUCAACAAUCACAACUCCAGUCUCAACAAAUGAAAGUAGUUCAAGUGAUGAUGAGGGAGACUCAGUUCAUUCAGAUGAUGAAGACUACGAAGAAGAGGACAGUCAGCAUGUGCUGAGUGAAAAAUUUGUAAAUGUAAAUGUACCACAUCAUGAAGAAAGAAAAUUCAUAGUUUAUGAAAGCUGUUUGGACACAUACUAUACUAUACUAUACAAGAUGCCUUGUACCUCUAAUCCACCCUGCAACAAAAAAAUACUAAGAGUGUAUAAAAAAACAAAGGGAUCAUAUAUUUCAGUCUUUGCUGAAUGCGAGGCCAAACAUUUAAAACGCAUAUGGCAGAGCCAGCCCCGAUUGGGAAAGAAACCAUUUGGAAAUUUACAGUUAGCUACUGCUAUCAUUACUAGUGGAAACACUUACAUCAAAAUCCAACAGUUCCUAAAAAUAUUUAAUAUUUUGGGAAUUAGCCAGGCUACUUACUACCGUAUCCAAAAAAUAUAUAUAUUUCCUGCAAUUGAAAAUUCUUGGACAAUUAAUCAAAAAUAAGAAAUGGAAAAAAUAUCACAACAUGCAGUAUGUGUUGCUGGAGAUGGACAAUGUGAUUCACCCGGGCACAGUGCAAAAUAUUGCAUAUACACAUUGAUGGAUGUAGAAACUAACAAAAUAUUGAAUUUCAACAUUCAACAAAUCGGUAUUGGUUUAUCCUCUGUUGCCCUUGAAAAAAUAGCGUGCAAGAAUGCCUUGGAAUUUCUACUGCAAAAUAAAGUGGACAUAGACAUCAUUUGCACUGACCGGCACGUAUCCAUCAGAAAAAUGCUGCGUGAGGAAUAUAAAACAAUUGGUCACCAGUUUGAUGUCUGGCACUUAGCUAAAUCUAUUGGAAAAAAAGCUACUUGCCGUCAGCAAAAAAAAAACUAAAAACUGCCAAGAUUUAGCAGAAUGGAUAGGACCAAUUAAAAAUCAUUUAUGGUGGAGUUCUAAUACUUGUGAAUGCAAUCCAGAUGAACUUGUAAACAGAUGGAACUCUGUCUUGUACCAUGUCACCAACGUUCAUUUUUGGAAGGAUGAUAAUGGUCAGGAAUCAUCUUGUCAUCAUGACCAACAUUCAGUCCACCCGAAAAUGGUUAAAAAAACAAAGUGCCUGUUAUGUUGAACUUGGAAAAAUUGUCAUGGAUACAAGACUACAAAAAGACCUUAGACAUCUUAGCAACUUUUGUCACACUGGAGAUCUGGAAGUGUUUCAUAGUUUACUAACAAAAUACAGGCCUAAAAGACUUCUGUCACGAUUCGGCUUCCAGGUAGUGGAUCCUCUGUGUCAGCGAGGGAUUGGCGUGGACCGUGCUAGUGGACCGGUUCUAAGAGGCUACUGGUUUUCACCAGAGCCCGCCGCAAAGCGGGAUGGUCUUGCUGCGGCAGUACCAACCAGGUCGUAUCCACUAGCAACGGCUCUACCUCGCUGACUGCUGAGAAGGCGUGGGACAGAAGGACUAGGCAGAGGCAAGGUCAGACGUAGCAGAAGGUCGGGGGCAGGCGGCAGGGUUCGUAGUCAGGAUGGGUAGCAGAAGUUCAGGUAACACAGGCUUUGGACAACACUAAACGCUUUCACUGGCACAAGGCAACAAGAUCCGGCAAGGGAGUGCAUGGGAGGAGAUCAGAUAUAGCCAGGGAGCAGGUGGAAGCCAAUUAAGCUAAUUGGACCAGGCACCAAUCAUUGGUGCACUGGCCCUUUAAGUCUCAGAGAGCUGGCGCGCGCGCGCCCUAGAGAGCGGAGCCGCGCGCGCCAGCACAUGACAGCAGGGGACCGGGACGGGUAAGUGACCUGGGAUGCGAUUCGCGAGCGGGCGCGUCCCGCUGUGCGAAUCGCAUCCCCAACGGCCAAGACAGUGCAGCGCUCCCGGUCAGCGGGACUGACCGGGGCGCUGCAGGGAGAAAGACGCCGUGAGCGCUCCGGGGAGGAGCGGGGACCCGGAGCGCUAGGCGUAACAGUACCCCCCCCCUUAGGUCUCCCCUUCUCUUUGUCCGGUAACUGCCUCCCCUGGGAUGAGGACACCGGAAAGAAUGGAGGGUUUCCUCAUCGGCAGGCAGUACAGCAGGAGUGGGAAUGGGGAGGGAGGGCAGAGGGCGAGGCCUGGCACGGGGCAGUGUGACACCAGGACGGGGGCCAUGGGGAGGCACAGAGGCUUGCCUGACGGGACUGGGAGGGGGGGAGAGGCACUUCCUGUGGCAGGCAGAGUCCCAGUUCCUGAUCUCCCCGGUGGUCCAAUCAAUGGUGGGGGAAUGAAGCCGGAGCCAAGGCAGACCGAGGAGGACCUCAGAGGUACAGUUGGGGAGAAUGAAGAACUCAAUCCUCUCAAGGUGGGGUCCAAUAGACAUGAGGAGGGGCUCUGUGCGGUAACUAGUGUUGAGCGGCAUAGGCCAUAUUCGAAUUCGCGAAUAUUCGCGAAUAUAUGGACGAAUAUUCGUCAUAUAUUCGCGAAUAUUCGCAUAUUCGUUAUAUUCCCGUUUUAUUUUCGCAUAUGCGAACAUUUGCGUAUGCGAAAACUAUCAUAUGUGCAUAUUAGCAUAUACAAAAUUAACAUACGCGAAAAUUCGCAUAUGUGAAAAUUCGCAUGUGCUAAUUUUCGCAUAUGCUAAUUUUCGCAUAUGCGAAUUUUCGCGCGCCAGUCUCACACAGUAGUAUUAGAGCCUUCUUUACACCACACAAGCUGGAAGCAGAGAGGGAUGAUCACUGUGAUGUGUACUGUGAAAAAAAAAAAAAAAAAAAAAAAAAAAAAAAACAA